UGAGUUGAGAUAAAUGUGACAAAGCAUCUGAUGGGGAGCGACAAGCAGUCAUGCUGGGGAUUUGGCAACUUUCUGUCUACCUGAGCCGGAUGAGAUAAUAAAGUGGAGCUGUGGCACUUGGGCAGCUGUUUGCCAAGCACAACCUAUGGGCUAAACCUCUAUUAGACGGGUCAGUCUUUAGUUACACAGUGCUGGUGCUGAGCAGCCGUUUGACAAGAUGAUGAAAAAAAUCUCUAAAAUAAGCUAACAAUCGUGGGACAUUCCGCAUGUCGCCGGAUACUUUGCUGCAUUUGGAAGUGAUCACAUAUGAGCGAAGCAGUGCUUCCAAAUCCUCUACCCAUUUGAAGUGGCAUCUUCGGUGUAGAAAAAAGCAUUUUAAAACCAAGAAUGACACAAGAGAAGCGGAAUUUGCACAAAGCGCCACCUGAUGGAGGCUGGGGAUGGAUGAUUGUGAUUGGCUGCUUUUUCGUUACUGUUUGUACUCGUGCAGUUACAAGGUGCAUAUCUAUAUUCUUUGUAGAGUUCCAGUCAUAUUUUGCUCAAGACUAUGCAAGGACUGCUUGGAUACAUUCCAUUGUUGACUGCUCCACUAUGCUGUGUGCUCCGAUUGGAAGCUACGUGAGUAAUCAUUUCUCCUGUCAAGUGGGCAUCAUACUAGGAGGAGUGCUCGCAUCCACUGGACUAGUUCUGAGUUCUUUUGCCACAAGCCUGGAGUAUCUCUACCUCACUCUGGGUGUGCUCACAGGUCUUGGAUUUGCACUUUGUUACAGCCCUGCCAUUGCAAUGGUGGGCAAAUACUUUGAGAAAAGGAAAGCUUUAGCCUAUGGCAUCGCAAUGUCAGGGAGUGGCAUUGGCACCUUUAUUUUAGCCCCUGUGGUUCAACUGCUCAUUGAACAGUUUUCCUGGCGGGGGGCAUUACUCAUCCUUGGCGGAUUUGUUUCAAACUUGUGCGUUUGCGGUGCUUUGAUGCGGCCCAUUACCCUUAAGGAGGACUCAUUGCAUUAUCCGCUCAAACAAGAACAGAUGGAGAAUGAGCCAACCCAGAGCGGUCGGCUGGAUUCCUCGUGCUCGCCACUGUGCCAGGACUGUUCUCAUAAGAGACUUUGCUACUGCACCAAAAAGGAAUACAGUUUUUUACUAAAACCAAAGUUCAUGGUACUUGCAGUGUCCUUUCUUUUCCUGGCCUAUGGAUGUAGCCCUCCCUUUGUGUACCUUGUGCCUUAUGCUCUAAAUGUGGGAGUGAGCAACCAAGAAGCUGCUUUCCUGAUGUCAAUUCUUGGAAUCAUAGACAUUGUUGGUAACAUCACCUUCGGUUGGGUAACUGACACAAGGUUCCUGAAGAAGCAUCGAUACUGCUGCUACCUCAUAGCCGUGGGGCUGGACGGCCUCUGCUGCCUGUUUCUUCCUAUCCUGACGCGCUUCCAGCUGCUCGUGCCUUUCUCUGUCAUGUUUGGAUACUUCGAUGGGGCCUACGUGGCUCUCAUUCCUGUCGUUACUGGAGAUGUCGUGGGAACCUCAAGUUUGUCCUCUGCCUUGGGUGUGGUGUUCUUCCUGCAUGCAGUGCCGUAUUUGGUGAGCCCGCCCAUUGCAGGUUGGCUGGUGGAUACGACCGGUGACUACACAGCAGCAUUCCUUCUUAGUGGAUUCUCUAUGAUAUUCUGCGCUGUUCUGUUGGCUCUGGCUAAAAUAAUAAAUAGGAUAAAGAAGAAACCCAAGGCUGUAGCUGUGCCCACUUCUGAUAUAAAGCAAGAAAUCUGGACUAAUGGAGACGUGUCCUGUGCAAAUGCGAUCAACCAAAAAGAGGUGUAGAUAAGGAGCAAACAAUAUGCUGUUGUUAAGCAGCUUCCUAGCAAUCCCACGCCUGAAGGACUUCCAUAAGAUUGCACAGAGCGGGCAUUGGGAAGGAAUCGCCAAAACGGAAUAAGCUUGAGUUGCACACCGGCCACACAGAGCCUGCACAUUAUAAUGCCAUGAUGGAUGGACAUAAAUAAACGGUUGGGUAAUGAUACUCUCAGUUAAGAAGAAUAUUUUUUGCCUUAAGUAUAACUAUUACCCAGAAGCAGCUGUACAGCUUCAUAUCUGGGAGACUUUGCCUUUUUUCUCCUUAACAUCAGGCUAAAUUCAGAUUAUCACGAGGAGACGAUACUGUGAAAGAUCGGUUAAUCAAGUCUUCCUGAUUCAGGACUGGAAUACAGUGCCACUUACUUGAAUGGAUGUGGGGUGGGUCAGUGGAUGUCAAUCAGUAAAGCCAUUAAAAUGGAUGAUAAUGAAGCUA